AAAAGCACAAUGACAGGAAAUGUUCAAAAUCUGUUAGCUUUCCAGUCAGACAAAAUCUCAUCAUCAAGAAAGAGUUGACACAGACAGAACUGGUACACCUGAAACGAAAAAAGAGAUAUUUAAGAGAUACGAUCUAACAGAAUUAAUAGCCUCUGCAGCAGUCAUUACCUGGAGAUAAUUGACCUUGACCUUGACUUUGACCUUGCCUUCAGCUCCAGGCACGGACACCACACAGAAUCAUCUAGCAGGAUGAAUCUGACAGAUGAUCCAGUGAUUCAGACUGCAACAGACUACAAUUAUUCCCUGGACUACAAUGAUUCCAUUGAUUUCAAUUACUCUGAUUACGACCCAUGUACAGACAGCACAACCAUACUGGGAUACAAUUCCAUGUCUGUUCUUAUCUCUGUCGUGUUCAUGGCUGGUCUUGUUGGGAACAGUAUUGUUGUCUUAAUACUCACUCGCCACAUCAAGAUGAAAAACAUGACAGACGUUUAUAUGCUGAAUUUGGCAAUCUCUGACCUACUGCUUGUCCUCUCUCUUCCAUUCUGGGCAUGUUAUGUUUCUGGCCAUGGGUUUCUGAGUGAUGCUCUUUGUAAAUUCAUCACCGGUCUCUACCUGAUUGGUUUCUACAGCAGCAUAUUCUUUGUAACCCUAAUGAGUAUAGACAGAUAUCUUGCCAUAGUCCAUGCUAUAUUCGCUAUGAGAGCCAGAACACUUCUUUAUGGCACAAUUGCAAGCGUCGUCAUUUGGUCAGUUGCUAUUUGUGCUUCUAUUCCAGACUUUGUUUUCACUGAAGUUAUAACUGAAGAUAAUGCAGCAACAUGCCAACCAAAUUAUCCCUCAAAUAACAAACAGACCUGGAAACUACUUCGGAAUUUUGAAGUCAAUAUUCUAGGACUUCUCAUUCCUCUGGUUAUCAUGACAUACUGCUAUGUAAGCAUCCUGAUAGUAUUACUAAAGUCUAAAACAUCUAAGAGACAUAAAGCUAUCAAGCUCAUUUUUAUGAUAGUCAGUGUUUUUAUUGUUUUCUGGGUACCACAUAACAUUACUCUGUUCUUAGAAUCCUUGCAAGAGUUAAACAUUGGAGACAACUGUGAAAACAGUCAGAAGGUGAUAUUUGCCAGAAAUGUUACUGAGGCAAUUUCGUUAGUUCACUGUUGUGUAAAUCCUGUGAUCUACGUUUUUGCUGGUGAGAAGUUUAAAAAGCACCUGGGGAAACUGUUUUAUAGACUUACAUUUUGCUCGUCUGUUUGUAAACGUAUGACAAUUCACAUCAGAGUGUCCGAAAACGAGACCUCAAAUACUCCAGUAUGAUUCAAAUUUUUGGCAUAUACAGUACGGCUGUACAUGUGGGGAUAUCUUAGGGAUACAUUUUUCUGACACAUUUAUUUGAUCAUCUAUGUUUGAAAAUGACUAGAUUACGCAGUAAACAGUAACCCUCUUAUAAUGCUCGUCACAUGUACAGUACGCAGAAUUCCAUUUACAGGAACUAGUCAUCUUGGUAGGACGGUAACUUCAAUCUCUUUAAAUAUGGGUCCUGUGUUUUUGGAGAGGGAUAAAAAC